AUGCGUCAGUUCUCCGUGGUCCUCUGCCUGUGCCUCGCCGUUUUGGCCAGAGCCGACAAACUGGGCUACAACUACCAGCCGGUGGCCCACUCCUCCUCGGGUUUGAGCUUCCAGCCCUCGGGAGCGGCCAGCAGUGAUGCACCUGCCUUCUCGGCGGGACCCAGUGGAUCCUUUGCCGCCGGUCCCUCAUCCUUUGCCGCUGAUCCCUUAUCCUUUGCCGCCGGUCCCUCAUCCUUUGCCGCGGGACCUUCAUCCAUUGCCGACUCCCUGGAAGGAUCUCAGUCGGUGGCUGCCCCCAACUACGCUGCUCCUCAGCCCCAACUGGAGAAGGAGUUCUUCACCUACACCGCCGACGAGGGUGACUUCUACGAUCCCGCUGCCUCCGAUCAGGUGUCCAAUGCCGUCAACAAGGGUCUCCGCGUGGUCUUUAUCAAGGGACCCGAGAACAAGGGACUGGAGAGCGCCCUGGCUCUGGCCAAGCAGGCUGCCCAGCAGGAGACCGCCAUCUAUGUCCUGAACAAGCAGGCCGACAUUGGACUUGGCCCAAAGCUGAACGCCAUCCGCAACAACAACAACAAGCCUGAGGUUCACUUUGUGAAAUACAGGACUCCCGAGGAUGCGGCCAACGCCCCGGCCAUCCAGGGUCAGUACGACCAGCUGGGAGGAUCCUCUCAAGCUCAAGAUGGCGGCGUGGCCUCCACCCUGAACUUCGCCUCCCAGCUGCCUGCUCCCGCCCACGCCGCCAGCAGUCUGGCGCCCGCCCAGUUCCUCCCGGAGGCCACCGCCCCCAUCUCGUAUGUGCCACCUGCCACUCCAGGAAGCUCCUACCUGCCCGCCAACAUUCUACGCCGCCUGAGGUUCUAA